ACCGAACACACCCUUUUUUCUAUUCGGUGUAUGGAGCUUCGACUAAAUUUCGAUAAUAGCUAAAUUUCUAAAAAUCCCCCAAAAUUUCAAGCAAGCUGCAAAAGGGCUCUUGUUUUUCUGGAAUAGAAGAAUCAAGAAUGGUGAUACUGCGCUAUAAUCCCUUAGCCAUGUUAUCCUCCUCCGUCUUCACCCCAUUUCCCCGGCAGCAGUUUUACAGAUGCCCUUUUCCAAUAUUCACUCAAUCUCUGCAACCCCACAUUCUUCUUUCUACCACUCUCCCUAGACAUUUCACCCUUUCAUUCUAUUCUAACACUGCUCAAACCUCCACUCCUGAUGCCCCUGAUGAACUGCAUCAUCAUCUAUCAAACUCUAAACAAUCCCCUUUGAAACCAGGUUUGUAUCUUGUUGGAACCCCAAUUGGCAAUCUUGAAGAUAUUACUCUCAGGGCUUUGCGGGUCUUGAAAUCAGCAGAUGUGAUUCUUUCAGAAGAUACAAGGCAUUCUGGAAAAUUGCUGCACUAUUAUAACAUUAAAACUCCUCUUCUCAGUUAUCACAAGUUUAACGAGUCUCAAAGAGCACAAGUGGUGCUGAGGAAAUUACAAGAUGGUGAAAUUGUCGCCCUGAUCAGCGAUGCUGGCACACCAGGCAUCAGUGACCCUGGAAUGGAACUGGCUAAGCUGUGUGCGGAUAAAAAUAUACCUGUUGUUCCCAUUCCUGGGCCUUCUGCCGUGGUAACUGCUCUUUCAGCCUCUGGCUUACCUACGAACGAGUUCUCAUUUGUUGGUUUUCUUCCAAAACAUAAUUCUUCGAGGAAGGAAAGGCUGAUACUUUCAGCAAAUGAAUCAGCCACACAAAUCUUCUUCAUUCCGCCUCACAAGCUUUCUCAAUUUCUUGAAGAGGCUGCUGCUAUAUUUGGUGAGAGUAGGCAGUGUGUCAUGGCUAGGGAGAUGACCAAAGUUCAUGAGGAGUUCUGGCGUGGCACCAUUGACAAAGCAAAAGUGGCAUUCUUGGCGCACCAACCGAAGGGUGAAAUUACUUUCUUGAUUGAAGGCAAAUCGACCAGUACAGAUGAGGGCCCAUCAGAGUCCCAGCUGGAGAACGAGUUGAGAGAGCUGAUUGCGGAGGGACAUUCUCUUUCAAUGGCAGUCAAGUUGGUAGCAAGUGGAAAGUUGAUGAAACGGAAAGCAAUAUAUUCUCUUGCAUUGAGGAAAUUCGGAGGACAACUAGAAUCAGAGGACGACUAGACUAACUCUAUCCGGUGAGUGUCUUGUCUGUCUGUUACCUUCUCUCUCCCAACCACUACCCCACCAUCCUCCCAAAAUUAAGAAAACGGAAAGAUAACUCUGUUGCUUUCAUUGUAAUUUAAGUAACAACUUAUGUUUAUGGUUGCUUUGAUAUUGACCAGUUUGAUAUUUUCUCCAACUGCUUUGAUUUGGAAAGAGGUUUUCCGCUAUCUUCCAUGUCCGAAUGAUUACCAGAGUAAAAGUUAAGGCAAAUAGAGUUCAGCACACUAUCUAUGACUGUUUAGUAUGUGUUUUGACUGAAUUUUUAUACUAAUGUGGAUACCAUGGAGCUAAAAACUUUCUUGUUAUAGGAAAAUGACAUGAAAUUUGGUAAGAGAGCAACAUGUGUAGCAAACAAUUCUUUGUUAAGCAGUCACAUAUAUCACAUCUGAUUAGAUUUUUAUUCUUAUUGUACUUGGAGCUGCAAUUUUGUAUCUGUCAACAUUUUCCGAUUAGUUUUUGUACAAAAAUCGCGCUUAUUUGAGGCAGAUCAAGUAGUUUUAUGUUA